GUCAUGUCUAUUCUUUCCAAUUCUUCUAACAUGGCAAAGAAGGAAUCGAGAGGUCGCCAAAAGAUAAAAAUGGCUAGGAUUAAAAACCCGAGUCAUAGACAAGUUACCUUCUCAAAACGCCGUCUAGGGUUGUUUAAGAAGGCUAGUGAAAUAUGCACUCUUUGUGGUGUAGAAGCCAUUAUAAUUGUUUUUUCCCCUGGCCAAAAAAUUUUCUCUUUUGGAUACCCAAAUGUUGAUUCUAUAGUUGAUCAUUACCUUAGUCGUAACCCUACAAGUCGACAAACAUCGAGCAAUGGUACCAAAUCUGAAGGCGUUGGUGGUCAACAAAGCUCUACUAUGCGCGAACUCAACUUGCAGUUAACCAAAAUUCUUGAUCUCCUAGAGACUGAAAAGAGUAGGGGAGAUGUGUUUAACACCUUAAAGAGGAAGCCUAACCAAUGUUGGUGGGAGGCGCCUAUUGAUAAACUUGGCUUGCAUGAACUCAAAAUUUUGAGUGCUUCAAUGGAAGAUCUUAAGAAAAAUAUAGCUAAUCAAUCUAAUUUUCUUGAGAAAACACUUUCUUCUUCAUCAGCUUUAGGCAUGAAUAAAGGUAAUGGCGCCGGAGUUUCUGAUCAACAACAUUUUGACCUUAAAUCUAUUGAGGCCAAAAUUGAAGGGUUUGCUCUUCCUGAUCAUCUAAUUGGCACCUUUCAUGCACCAAAAUUCUUCUGAUAUUGCCUCUGUUUUUCUGUUUAUUGACUAGAAUCUCACUAGUCCUACCUACUGGUUUUGUUUCCUCGUUUUCGCUAUGGUUGUUUUUUCCUCUCUUAUGCUAUGGAUGUUUUUUUUUUGUUCUUCCAUGUUGAAAUAAUUUCAUAUCAGGAAACUAUCUACAAGUUCAGUAUGUAAUAAAUUUUCUUCAUGCAAUAAAAGUAGCAGAGAUUCUUCUAUUUGG